UGUUCCCUAAUAAACUAUUAGAUCCAAUCAAACCAACAGGCAACAAAGUCGCGACCCCCUGAAACAAAGUUGAUUCUCGAAAAUAGUUUUGUUCGCAUCUGUUGCUGCCUCUAAUGCCGUACGCCCGUUUUCCUCAAGUUCAUCAGGAUAGUCAUCCCACCGGUUUGGCAUCACGUUUUCGUGGUUGGUCGGGCUUGCUUUCUGUAAGCUUCUCCUCGUACUCAUAAUUAUCGUAUCCGUGCCACCUUUGAGACAUGUCCGCCAACUUUCGCCAAGCGUGGGGAUUGGUUAGGUAAUUCUCACCGACUUCGUAAGACACAGACCAUAAAUCCUGAAAUCAGUGAAACAGAUCCUAAAGGACAAAGGAGAAGAAGAGUAAGAGAAUUUAUUGCACGAGAAGACUCUCAGAUGCGGUGGUCGAUGGCGGAACCACUGGUUUAUCGGUCCGUGGAGUCCUAAAGUCUUCAUUCAGAUGGCGAACUGGCUUUCUUCCAAGCUCAAAGUAGCAGAGUCGCUUCUCCAACAGAUUGAUCAACAAGCAGCAGAAUCUCUCGGGAAGAAUGAGAAGUCUCGACCGGAGACAGUCAAUGCUGGACUUCCUACGAAAGCAGAGACGGUUCCCUUGAGGGAUCAGUUCAAGAAGAAAAACCUAGAGAAAAACCCUGAUGAGCUGCCAAAAACACUUGAUUUGCAGAAAAGUGGAAGAAAAAGGAGACCUGAAAUCAUAGCCAAGUCUAGGAAGGCGUCUCCUGUUCCUUCAAAUCAGGUUGUUAACGAUGGUGACUGGACAGAGCUACUUGGCUCCCCCGAGUCCAUUCCUGUGUCUGGCAAAUCAAAUAGUGCUGUUGACAAAUGUGCUGCAAAUGAAACUAAGAGAAACCAAAUCCAUGGUCUGAACCAAACUAGUUCCUUUGUUGGUUCUGCUCCUAAACAUACACAAAUUGACUCAGCUCUCUUGGAGACCAAGAAAGUUCACAAACAAACCUCUUUUGGUUCCAAGUUAGUGAAGGAUUUUGAAGUUCUGACAGAGAAAAAAGUAGGCUUGGAUGCCUUGGCUUCAGAUUUUGGCAAGCAGGAUCGUGGUUUAUUUACUUCUAUUGAUGAGGUUUUCAUGAAGAUGGAUGUCGAGUCCAGGAAUGUGCCAGAUGGAUUGGAUCCUUCUCAAAUGAGAUUUGAAAGUUAUAAGCAAGUACCAGUUGAUUCUUUAGCUAUGGUGGAAAAAGAUGACAUUGCUACUGGUGAUAAGUCACCUGUGCAUCGAAGAAAAUAUUCCACCGAGGAAUCAGAAGUUGCAGAAUGCGGCAAAAGUUUCAAGAACUAUAAUGUGGAUAAGCCUCAUAGUAAAGUGAGUGAUGAUAAACUUAUUAGCCCAGAAGAUGGUAGUUUUCACGAACAAGGUGAAACCAGUUCAGGAGUGAGAUCAGAUGAUCUAAGCCUUCCUAAUCAAAUAACCUCAGAGAAAAGCAUCAGAAGGGCAUUGCGUGAAAAAGAGGAUGCAUGUAUCUCUUACGUGAAAGAAAAUGGUGUCUUGGUUAGCAAACACUCUGGCACAAAAAUUCAAGCAAAUGGUGAUGAUAAUAAGACUACAGUUGGAAGAAGUGUGUCUGUGUUGAAUGUGGGGGCUUCCGGACUGCAAGACAUGCAAAGAGGUUCUGAAAGAUUUUCAGGCCUACCUGUAGAUAAAAUGGAUCCGAACUUGGGCUCUUCAGAGAGUGAGGCGAGAUCCUCAUCAGAUUCUGAAUCGGGAUCCACAUCUGAUUCUGACAAUGAAGGUAUUAGAAGAGAGGAGAGAAAGAGGAGGGAACAAUUGAUUGCCGAAGCAGCUGCUGUUGAAGCUAAAAGAGAGCAUGAUAACAUUGUGGCCAUGUUGGAAGGAGAAAAGCAGCACUUGGAGGAGAUCUUAGAGGAACGAGAAAAAGAACAAGUGCAAGAGGCUUCAAAAUUACAAUCAAACAUGGAGGAAGUCAUGGAGGCCGUUGAACUAGAGAAACGGAAACAUAAUAGCACCAGAAUGGAAGCCAUGGCUCGUUUGUCUAAACUGGAGACUGCAAAUGCUGAGCUGGCAAGGUCGCUUGCAUCAACUCAAUGGGAACUUGAAAAAGAGGCUUCUCGAGUAACCCAGCUACGACAAGAGGUGGAGUUGAAGGAAGUGGCUCAAGCAGAGCUUAAGAGGAGAAUAUCUGCGCUUCACCAGAAUAUAUCAUCUUUGAAUCAGGUGGAAGGUUUUGGAGGAGUUGAAUUUGAACAGGAGAUUCGCGAGGCAGAAUAUAAUGCUACCUGCGAAAAGAUCAAUUGGUUAAAAGACAAGCUGAAGAUGCUUGAUGAAAAUGUCGAAACAAUGAGGACGAUGUUGGAGGUUCCAACUGAACUAGAAAUUGAACUGAAGAGAAGACUUUCAGAAUUGACAGAUCAUUUAAUCCAUAAACAAGCUCAGGUUGAGGCUCUUUCUUCUGAGAAAGCGACUUUGCUCUUCAGGCUUGAGACUCUCUCCAGAUCUGUUGAGGACCAUGGGCUGAUGGUGCAGUCUGGUGAUUUUCCAAAUAAUUCAGGGACGAUCUGGAUGGAUCCUGUGGAGACAAAUGAUAUAGAAGUUGGUUUGUGCGGACAAUCCAAACCAAAGGCACGCCAUGCCUUCCGUUAUGAGAUUGAUUCUGUGAGGCAUCAUAUAAUCUCGAUUGUUCGCCAAUUGGAUGCCAUUUUUGCUUCUGGUGCAGUGUUCUGGAGGCGGAGUUGGACUGCCCAAGCUUGUGGGAUAUUUUAUCUCUUCUCUCUUCAUAUUUGGGUCUUGUAUAUUCUUUUUACUAGGGAUUCAGAUGACACUGGGUUUGGUGCUCUUGUCUCCUUAGAGAGUAUUAACAAAACCUUAGGUACCUAAGACCAGCGUGUUUGGCUUACUUUUUUGCAUUUAUUCUUUGGUUUUUGGAAUUGGAAAAUUUGUUGUGACUCCUUUUCAUCCAAGAAGUUAUAUGCACAAAUUUCUGUUCCCAUAGGGAAGUUUAUUGCCA